AUGGGGAGCUUCACUGUCUGGGACUACGUGGUCUUUGCAGCCAUGCUGCUGGUCUCGGCCAUCAUCGGGGUCUACUAUGCCUUUGUGGGAGGAGGACAGAAGACAUCUAAAGACUUCCUCAUGGCGGGCCGCAGCAUGAGCGCUCUCCCUGUCGCGCUCUCCCUCACCGCCAGCUUCAUGUCAGCUGUCACCGUACUGGGCACCCCUGCCGAGAUCUACCGCUACGGUGCCAUCUUCUGCAUCUUUGCCAUCACCUAUGGCCUGGUGGUGCUGUGCAGUGCUGAGAUCUUCCUACCUGUCUUCUACAAGCUGGGCAUUACCAGCACCUAUGAGUAUUUAGAGCUUCGAUUUAAUAAAUACCUGCGCCUCUGUGGAACGGUCCUCUUCAUUAUACAAACGACUUUGUACACUGGUAUUGUAAUUUAUGCUCCAGCUUUAGCACUAAAUCAAGUUACUGGCUUUGACUUGUGGGGUGCAGUGGUGGCAACCGGCGUGGUCUGUACUUUCUACUGCACACUGGGUGGUCUGAAGGCAGUGGUGUGGACAGAUGUUUUCCAGGUUGGAAUCAUGGUUGCUGGAUUUUCAUCUGUGAUUAUACGAGCUGUGGUGGUUCAGGAGGGAAUUGAACGUAUCAUAAACGAUUCCUACUAUGGAGGAAGAUUAAACUUCUGGGACUUUAAUCCCGAUCCUUUGCAAAGGCACACCUUCUGGACAAUUGUUAUAGGUGGGACUUUCACAUGGACUAGCAUAUAUGGGGUAAACCAGUCUCAAGUACAGAGGUACAUUUCAUGCAAAAGCAGGUUCCACGCAAAACUGUCGCUGUACAUCAACCUGGUGGGCCUCUGGGCGAUACUGGCCUGUGCGGUGCUGUGCGGCCUGGCCCUCUACUCCAUUUACAAGGACUGCGACCCAUGGUCGGCAAAGCAGGUGUCGGCACUCGAUCAGCUAAUGCCAUACCUAGUGCUGGAUAUUCUCCAUGAUUUUCCAGGAGUGCCAGGGCUUUUUGUGGCUAGUGCCUACAGUGGGACAUUAAGUACAGUGUCCUCCAGCAUCAAUGCUCUGGCUGCCGUGACUGUUGAAGACCUGAUCAAGCCAUACUUCAGAUCCCUCUCUGAAAAGAAGUUGUCAUGGAUUUCCAUGGGGAUGAGCCUGUUUUAUGGUGGAAUCUGCAUUGCCAUGGCUGCACUGGCAUCGCUCCUGGGAGCCUUGUUGCAGGCAGCGCUCAGCAUUUUUGGCAUGGUUGGUGGCCCCCUUUUAGGACUGUUUGCCUUGGGAAUCCUUUGCUCCUUUGCAAAUGGAAUUGGUGCAUUUGUGGGUCUUGUCAGUGGCUUUGUUAUUUCACUUUGGGUUGGAAUUGGAUCUCAGAUUUAUCCUCCACUCCCAGAGAAGACCAAGCCACUAUACCUCUCAACUGCGGGCUGUAACAUAUCCCUGGGAAAUUUGACAUCAACAGAAAAUCCAUUAACAACAGUCUUCAGCACAACAACUGCAGAGAGGCCUGCCCUGGCAGACAACUGGUAUUCCUUGUCUUAUCUUUACUUCAGCACACUUGGGACACUUAUCACAGUAACUGUGGGAAUAAUUAUCAGCCUCCUAACAGGAGGACUAAAGCAGAACACAGACUGUAAAUUCCUGCUGACUAAGGAAGAUUUCCUGUCCAACUUCUCAUGGUCUAAAUCUGAGACAGAGGUGUUGAACUGGAAACCAUUUACCAUGGCUGAUGAAGGAACAGACAACCCUGCUUUCAGCCACAUUGAAAUGGAUGUUGCAGAUAGUAAGAACAAAGUCAAUGGCCUUCAUAUGUGACAUGGGGCCACGUCAGCCCACGAGGACAGUUUUGUUCAUGUAAAGCACUGUUGACAUUCCUGUGUCGGGUCAGUUACCAGCCCUGCUGGGGUCACGGGCAGGUGUCUGCUGAGCUUCAUGGCACUGUCACCCUUGCAUGACUUUGACAUUAGUCAAGAAAGGAAUCAGGUCUUUCUUGCACUUCCUCAUUCUCUUACUCUGGAUCUUGGUGACAGGGCUUAAGGCAAUGUUUCUAUGUGAAAUAUUUGCCUGAUAUUCUUGAGCCUCCUGGAAAAUAUCUGCUUUUAAUCUCAGUUCACUCUCGGAGUAAAUUUUUUACUUGAUAAGAGCACUGUUCUCCCAGACAUGGUGGUGGUUCUUCUUUUUUUUUUUUUUUCUUUUUUCUUUUAAGACAUUGAAAGUAUGAAGAGAUUAGCGCUGCAGGACCAUAUCAGAUUACAGGAAACAGUAGGUCUUCUUUAUGUACAGGAGGUAUAUUUAGUGCCAUCUGAUUCCUUUGUAGAAUUGAUCUUGAAAGCAUAUUUAUUUUGCUGGUUUUGUUGUAUGUGUUCGUUUUUAUUAAGGCACUUGUUCCCUAUUUACCUGCACGUCCUCCUCUGUGCUCACUGCUGGAAGCUACAAGAAUGUCUUUGGUGAUAGGUAGAGUCAAGAGUCAGUAAUGUCCUUCCCUUCACACCCCAUCUCCCUCUUCUGCCCUGUCUUACCCUUACAGAGUUGGUCCUCAUGAAGAAAAUGAGCUAUUUGGGCUUUUUGUUCAAUGCCAUAGAGCAGAACACAGUAGUCUUCUAGUUCAUGCCCAGUGUGCUGUGCUGGACAAGAGGCGAGGCUGCAUCUGCAGUUGCCACUGCUGUUAUCUGCGGAGCUGUGACCUGAAACUUCACGUAGCCAUUUGUGUUCCUGCAGUCCCUGUUGUCACUCUAGGAAUUCAUGGUCAAGGUUGGUCAAGAUCAGGCAAGAGCACAUUGUGUGUUUUGGCAGACAGUCCACUGCGCAGUGCCCCAGGAUGGGGAAGGGAUCGCAGAGGAUGUCAUUUGGUGAAGGCUUGUCCAGGGCUGCAGGGCACGGGAUGGCUUAUCCUCUGGCUGGGCUGCCAGGAGAGACUGAGCAGUACAACCGUUCCAGACCGUGUACGGUACUGGUGGUUUGGGAGGGUGAAAAUCGCUAUUGCUUCCUUCUCCUGUACAGCAGGGAACAGACUCUGAUCCACUGUGUUGUUUUUGUACUGCAAACUUUUUGCCAUAGCUAAACAUGAGCAUUUAAAAUCUUCUAGAACAGCAGAAUCAAGUUGGCAAAUAAAAGCCGUUGCAGGAAAGUUGAGCUGUGAAGCUUAGAAAGCAGUCAUGCUUGAGAAUCAAAUACAAAACUGCAUGUUUUAAGUGCUUUAUAAAAGUCAUGCUGCAUUUGAGGUGCUGAGCUGCUGUAACUUGAAAUAUGACACAGUGCCAGUUUAUCUGCCUUGACUAGGGCCCUUUAGCAUCUAAAUCACUUUAUUUUGUGCCCCUGUGACAGAGAGCACUUGAUGGUCUACUGCAUAAGAUGAACUGACAGGAUCAGAAAACAUUAGGAAGAAAAAAUGGGCUCCAAGGAGCAUACCUCUACCAGAGUACAGGCCAGGGAGAUGCUGUACGCGUUGCCACUAGAGGUACGUCUCGAUGGGCUAACCAGGGCAACGCUACACGAUGGAGCAGGUUCCCCCUUUGCCUCCUGAAGCAGUAGUUUGCACGAUCCAAUGCAGUGUUUAGGGCCAGCCCCUUGUCUCCCAUUCCUCUGCUGCAGCUCUGUGACCACCAGGUAAGCGCCUAAAGCCACUGUGUGGAAGGGCUGUGAGUGAAUGGGAUAGAACCCAUGAGUUGUGUCUUG